AUGGUGCUUGGCAGAAAAGACUUCAGCCCAAUACGUCUCCAAGACUGUUCGAAACGACUCAUACGGCCUACGUUGUCCACAAGAGCUGAGACGCUGUGUCAAAUAUCGCUGCCGAGCCCAGAGUUUGGUAUUUCAUCACAUUCAUCCGAAGUCUCGGGCCACCCUAUUCUCGGCCAUCCCAAAGCACCACCAGGGGAGCUCGUCCCACAAUCUCGCCCUAAGCCCGCCAAUCGCAAUCGCAGCCUUUCGAUCUCUGCUCUUCCAUCUCCCAAAAUGUGGUUGAUCCACCGAUGGGCGAGCACGUUUGAUGCUUAA